UGUCAAUUGACCUCUCUACUAGUACAGGCUCUAGCGAGCGUUCCGCAAUGGUUCCACCACUGGUCAUGGAGGACAGAAAAAAAGCGAUCAAUCGUCAAACUAGCUAAAACUGCCUGCCAACCUUUGAAAUCUAAGCGGCAGCUGAAUGUUUUGCGUUGUGGUCUGUUUCAGCAAUUGAAUCGCAUCUUUUCUGGUUACGUUUUCUCUUCUUUACCUCUUGGAUCGGGAGCUUGAUUGCUGAGGUGUGUGGGAGCCUGUGAACACGACUGGACGCAGGCAGGACGUGGGGAGGAGGUUUGAGGCUAGAGAUGGCUUCCCCUGCAGCUGCAGCCAAGCUGCGAGAAUUGCAGUCAAAGAACGAUAACAAGGUCUGCGUUGACUGCAGCACACGGAAUCCACAGUGGGCUUCUGUGAGCUAUGGCAUCUUCAUGUGCUUGGAAUGCUCCGGGAAGCACAGGGGUUUGGGGGUGCACAUCAGCUUUGUCAGAUCUGUUUCAAUGGACUCGUGGUCGGACCUCCAGCUGCGCAAGAUGGACGCAGGGGGAAAUGAUGCCUUGAACAGUUUCCUGGCACAAUAUGGGAUCAGCAAGGAAACAGACAUCAAAUUGAAGUACAAUACGCGAGCGGCAGAGGUCUACAGGGGAAAGAUUCAGGCCCUCUCAGAGGGCAGAUCUUGGACGGCCCCUCCUGUUGUCAAGGAGGUGCUUGGGGCCAGCGUAGCGACUGGCCGGAGUGCAGGCAGUGGAGGGUUUAGCGCUAGCAAUGGGGUGGGGGGCUUCGGAAGCAGUAACGAUUGGGAUUCCUGGGGCGACGACAGCGGAAGGGCCAAUGCUGGGUCCGUGCGCAGGAAUCAGUCAGCUGAAAACCUCAGCAGCUCUCACGGCAGCUUCAGUAGCUCACGCGCCUCUUCCCAGCCGGACCUCAACCGAUCCUCAGGAGAUUACACCCAGGCUCAGCUGCUCGCCUCUGCCGCCACCAAGGAGUCCUUCUUUGCCCGCAAGCAGCAUGAGAACGCGUCCCGGCCUGAGGGGUUGCCUCCCAACCAGGGGGGCAAGUACGUUGGCUUUGGGUCAGGCGGCUCCAAGCCCCCGCCCCGACCGGCAGCAAGCAACAAAGUUCUCGACGACACACUCAGCAUGAUGACUCAGGGGUGGCAGACUCUGUCGCUGACCGCAACUCAGGCAGCUACCGCAGCUGCAGCGUCCACCCGAGAUCUCAGCGCCAAGGUCAAAGAGGGCGGAUACGACAAAAAGGUGACAGAGACCGCUACCGUCCUGGCGGCAAGGGGCGCCGAGGUGGGGCAGAAAGGCUGGACCGCGCUCCAGGGCCUACUUGCGACCGCUGCCACCACGGUGCAACAGUACACUGGCGACUCCAAAAAGGGUCCGUUCGAGAGUUCGCCUUAUGCCGGCUCCGGCGGCGGUGGGGGCUCCAAAUACGGAGGGUUUGGGAGCGACAGUGAUGGGGGGUACCAGGCUUUUGGAAACGGGGACAGUGGGGCGAAAGGGUUUGGGGGUUUUGGGGAGGAGAAGCCUCCGCUUAUGGGGGGGAAGCGGGAGGAGUGGGAUGAUUGGGGGACGAGUCAAAGGGAGGCUCCGUCUGCCUAUGCGGGGGGAAAUGCGUAUGGAAGUGCAAUCGAGCAAAAACCGGCCUCUCGAAGGGGGAGUGGUCCGAGUUCUGGGGCCGCGCAGAGACCGACAGCAAACAAUGACUCGUGGUCCGGUUGGGGUGCUGAGAAUGACGAUUCGGAAGUUCAAUACAAUGCCGCUAGGGAAAAGAAGGAGGAGAAGGGUUGGGACGACUGGGGAGAGAAGGAGACGGAGUGGACAGGUGGCGGCUUCCGGUGACCUGUGCUGUCACAAACGGACGGUACGCUCGAAAUUAUAUUGGGAAAAUUGGCUUGGGCGUUCGUAGGAACUAGCACAGGUUUGCGUAUUGCAAGUUCGCCAAUUGACACCCCGAAAAGUCCCAGUUACAAGCUUAGACCAUUGGUUUAUCUGGGCUGCUUCCAAGGCACGGGCAUGAGACGCUAAAGCAGCCUAAUAUAAGUACUUACGGUAGAACACAGGGAAGGCCACUGAUCGAUUGAACAAUUCGGGUAGCUUUCGGGCAGAUAGGCACCUAUCAUUUCAGGUCAUGCUAUAUCAGACUCCCACGCGCGGCAAGCCCUCCUUGCCUAUGAACCAACCGGCAUGCACAAUUGUGCCAGGCCGCUUUGCACGUGAUCAUCUCACUUCUGAC